CAACGCAAACUCCAACAACUGCUUCACCAACGUCGAGACAAACAAAACUACACAGAACAAAAGCCGCAAGGUUUUAAAAACCUAUCUAAAGAAACAUUGGACACGGAUCUUAUUAACGUUUUGAACAAAGGACCAUCAUUUGUUAACGCAGAACCCAAAGACUUGUCGAAGCUUUGUUUACUUGCCAAAGCCAAUCUACAAUUAGUAACAGACAAACUAAAUCAAGAAGAUGUACCCGAGAAUGCCAUUAAUGAAUUCAAGGGAG